AUGGUGAUGGAGCGAUGCCAGGAAUGGAAGUCUGCAAGACCAGUGAGACGGUCAGUGACAAGCUAUAGGCUGGGCAAGGAUCAAAGAGUAGAUAUCCAUCACUUAUCAUGGAGCUCUCUGUUGGUAAAAAUUCCAUCGGCGAAGAUUAGAGAAGCUGUAGUGGAACAAGAACUAUGCUAUAUUGCGGGAACAGUGGGAGAGCCGAGAGCUUAUAAACCUAUCGAGAGCAUAAAUUCGGUGGAUGUCAAGGUUGAAGUCGAUCUCACUAAGGACCUGCCAACUGAAGUUGAAAUCGAAUUGGAAGAUGGAACUGUCGACACCAUAGAUGCUCUGUACAGAUGGAUCCCGCCUAAGUGCAAUAUGUGCAAGGAAUUCGGACAUGUCGAGAAGUUCUGUUCCAAGAGAACAACUCAGCCUCUAGAACCAAAUGCAAACAGAAUACUCGCAAAGUUGGGAGAAGAUUGGUCAAGAUUGGAUAACUAUCAAGAAAGCAAUCUAGGUAGAAUAUGGGUUCUAUUCAGAGGAGAGGCCUCGGCUCAAUUGCUCAAACGCACUGCAAACGAGAUAACUGUUGAGAUGACAGUCCAAGGGUGGUUGCCUUUCAUCCUAUCAGCUAUUUAUGCUCCCAAUCAAGUAGCUGAUAGAGAUGCCCUAUGGAGCCAGCUUCUUCAAACUCACCAGCAGUUUGUACAGCCAAGAGGUGGAGCAUGGAUCCUCGGAGGGGAUUUCAAUGAGAUCCUCGGAGGGGAUUUCAAUGAAAUCCUCUUACUAGCACAGCACUCUGCCCCGUCUUUUAGCCAUCAAACCCCGACUAUGACACGCUUCGCCAAUUUCUUGUACACUCUUGGCCUCCAUGAUCUACCAUAUCGAGGAUCACUCUUUACUUGGACAAACAAGCAAGUGUUGAAUCCUAUAGCAAAGAAACUUGAUAGAGUUUUGGUCAAUAACUCUUGGAGACUACUAUUCCCUGAUAGCUCAGCCAUUUUCAGACCCCCUCAUCCCUCCGAUCACUGUCCAAGUCUAGUCCGUCUGUCAAGACAACUCCUGUCUAGUCCUAAGCCUUUCAAAAUAUUCAACUUUGUCCUUGACCAUCCUGAUUUCCUCCCAACUAUCCAAACCUCUUGGAGUAUGGCUGGGAGAAAUGCAACUACUCUUUCUGCUUUCUAUAGGAAGCAAAGGAAAAGCAUCCUUGCUAGGAGAUCGAGGAAUUUCAUCUCCUAUAUAAGGAACCAUGAUGGCUCAAGAUUGGAAAAGCUAGAAGAGAUAGCGGCGGCAGCAGUAGACUUCUACACAAACAUCUUAGGGAGGGAACAUCAUUCAGGAUCAAUCGCAUCGAUCAUGGAUAUACAAAGGCUGCUAGAAAAUGGCCAGACAACAAUGUCUCUGAACCAGAACAUGCAUUUUACUGAAGAAGACAUCAGGAGAGUCACAUUCUCUAUGGCACUAAACAAGACCCCUGGUCCGGACGGUUUCAUGGCUGAAUAUUAUCGCAGAGCUUGGAGCAUUGUUGGGGGCGAGUUCACAACAAGUAUUCUGCACUUCCUUCAAACGAGGAGAAAUGCCUAG